AUGGCGGGUCGCGAGUUGACCCCGGAGGAGAAGCUCUCGCUCAUCACAGAUCAAUUGCAGGAGGUAUUGCACAAGGAUAUUCUGGAAAAUGUGGUACUCAAAGAACAGAGGCCACUGGUCAUCUACUGGGGCACUGCGACCACAGGCAGACCUCACUGCGGUUACUUCGUACCCAUGAUGAAAAUCGCACAUUUCUUACGAGCGGGCUGUCGCGUCAAGAUCCUGUUGGCUGACAUCCACGGUUUCCUCGACAAUCUCAAAGCCCCCAUCGAGUUGGUCAAGUUCCGAGCCGAGUACUACAAAUUCAUCAUCCAAGCACUCCUCCGAGCCGUGGGCGUUAGUAUGGAAAAGUUGGAGUUCGUCCUCGGAUCAUCGUACCAGUUGAGCUCAGAUUACACUAUGGACAUCUUCCGACUCAGCAGUGUGGUCACUGAGCAUGACGCAAAGAAGGCUGGUGCAGAAGUGGUCAAACAGGUGGAAAAUGCGACACUUUCGGGCCUGAUCUACCCGCUCAUGCAAGCCUUGGACGAGGAGCAUCUUGGGGUUGAUGCGCAGUUUGGAGGAGUCGAUCAGCGCAAGAUCUUCGCCCUGGCACAGGAAACCCUGCCGAGAAUCGGCUACAAGGAGCGGGCACAUCUCAUGAAUCCUAUGGUGCCUGGCUUGGCUGGAGGCAAGAUGUCUUCAUCUGACCCGGAUUCGAAGGUCGACAUUCUCGACACGGCUGAAGCGGUGAAGAGGAAGCUACGGAAGGCAUAUGCGGCCGCCGGAGAGGUUGAAGGGAACGGGAUCAUCUCUUUCGUGGAAUAUGUCUUGUUGCCCAUCAGCGCCCUGAGAGAUCCAGAGCACAAAGGUCGCUUCGUGUGCGAGAGGAGAGAGGGCGAGGGCGAGCCGCUGAUUUACCACGACAUCGAGACACUGAAGGCUGAUUACAAGGCUGACAGGCUGACACCACAGUUGCUCAAGGCCGGCGCGACAGCUGCUUUGACUGAGUUGUUGGCCCCCAUCCAAGCCGAAUUCCAGGCAUCACCGGAGUGGCAGGAGAUUGAGAAGAAGGCCUACCCCCCGGCGGAACCGACCAAGAAAAAGAAACAACCCAAAGACAAAGGCUCCCGACAUCCCGGUGCUGCCAAUAUCAAGAGCAACCCUGACGGUUCGGUCGAAGGACAGGGCAAGGAGAAGGUCGAGGUCGGCAAGACAGCAGAAGAGGCUCUAUCAAAAUUAGAGAUCAACGGCGCCGCGUCGUAA